UGGCCCCGCCUGAACUAGGCUGGUGUUAAGACUUUAAAGUAGAUCAUUGUCUGAGGAUAUAAAAACCAGCUCAACCAUAAAGUCUGUCAGAGACAUACUGACCUGCACACUGCACUGGGUAUUUAGCUGAAGAGAAUCACAUUUCAAAAGGAUUAAUAUCCCAUCUACCUGCUCUGAAGCAGCCACCAUGGUGCUGGAGGAGAACGAUGACUCUGUCUUUGAGCCUCAAAUCACCGAAGAGCAUGUGGAGACUCAGUAUGGGGACCUCCACUGCAUCUUGACAGGAACUCCAAAAGCGAACCAACCCGUCAUCCUGACCUUUCAUGAUGUUGGACUGAACCAUAAAUCUUGUUUUGAGACUCUGUUCAACCAUGAAGACAUGCAUGAAAUUGUUCGUCAUUUACCUGUUUGUCACAUUGAAGCUCCUGGACAACAUGAGGAAGCCAAGACUCUGCCCACUGCGUUCACCUACCCCACCAUGGACGAGCUCUCUGAGGCUCUUCCCUCUGUCCUCAAUCACUUUGAGAUGAAUAGUAUAAUUGGUGUGGGAGUUGGAGCUGGAGCUUACAUCCUGGCCAGAUUUGCACUGAAUCACCCUGAUUUAGUGGAUGGAUUGGUUCUGAUCAACAUUAACCCCAAUGCAGAGAGCCUAAUGGAUACUGUUGCAAACAAGAUCACUGAUUGGACCCUCACGCUCCCAGACAGACUUAUCACUCAUUUGUUUGGAAAGGAUGAGAUCCACACAAAUCAAGACCUUGUGUCAACAUAUCGUCACUACAUCACAACAACAAUGAACCAAUCCAACGUGAGUCAGUUUCUACGUUCUUACAACAAUCGUAACGCUCUGGAGGUAGAGAGGCCUGUACCUGGAGGGAAUGUCAAUGUCAAGACUCUCAUGUGUUCAUCCCUGUUGGUUGUUGGGGAUAGUUCUCCAGUUGUGGAAGCUGUGGUUGACUGCAACUCUAAACUGAACCCCACAAAGACCACACUGCUCAAGAUGGCAGACUGCGGAGGACUUCCUCAAGUUGUUCAGCCAGCCAAAGUGAUUGAAGCUCUUAAAUAUUUCAUCCAAGGAAUGGGAUACUUGUCCAGCGCCAGCAUGACCAGACUUCGCUCAAGGACAACCUCCAGCUGCAGCAAUAUAUCAGUCGAUGGCUCUCGAGGCCGCGCACACACCAAUGAGCGUAGACGAACACAUUCACAUGGCACCGAGGAGAGGCGCGGGCGUGCACACACUGAUGUCUCCAUGGAGAGUAUUUCUACUGUAAGCCAGAACGUCUCAAACACAGCUGAACUGGCAUGCUAGAAUAUCAGUGCUACUUAGACCUUCGCACUUAACUCUGUUCAAAACUUACUAUACCUGCACUUGCAUCUUUAUGAGUAAUUUCCUUAAAGUAAUCCAAUCAUCAUAUUUAUUUUGUCUGUCACAUAAAAGAUUACAUAUAAUUUUAACUUACUUUAUUCUUGA